AUGAAGCUGUCCAGUGCUGGGAUUGUGCUCCAAGUCCUGGGGUUUCUUCAGGAGCAGGCUAGUUCGUGGACCGUAGAAGAGCCGUCGCUGCAAGAGCCGUUGGUCGGGAAGAUUACCGAGGCGCUGCAUCGGAUUCGAUUGAACACUUGCGUCGCGCACAAUAUGAGUGUUUUCAUCAGCACCGACUAUGAGCAUUUGGACGAGAAGGAGUCGAAUCUGGUGCGAUUCGUCCUCGACUACAGCCUGAGAAGAGAGGAGAUGGUGCCCGUGGUGUUGGCGUCGAAGCUGAGCUCCGAGAUGAGUGUACGUGUGCAGCUGCAGCUGCUCUUUGUCCAGAGUCCCGAGCAGGCAAUAGCGGCCUGUUCCGCCCUGGAGAUCAAGGGCAUGUAUCUGAUUGUGUGGCUCACAUCCCAGCCAGAGGCGAGCAUACAACGGAGCACCAUGUCCUUGAUCUUUGGGCACUUUCUGCAUCGUCUGUACAACUUGAAUGUGCUGCUCCUGCUGGCCCACAUGGAGAGAUCGACCCUAAGGGCAUAUGGCUUUCUGCCGUACACAUCCGGCAGCUGUGCCAGCACCGAUCCCGUGGAGAUGCGCCUACAGGAGUGGCGACUGCGAGAGAUGUUCCCCUUUCGAUUGGGCAACCUACAUGGCUGUCCGCUGAGCGUGAUUGUGUGGCCGAUAGCGCCCUACAUGAAGCUUCGCUGGGAGCGGCGCCGGGUGAAGGAUCAGAUCGAUGGCUUGGAUGGUGUGCUGCUUAGGAUAAUGGCGACCAGGAUGAACUUCACCAUCCAGCUGAUGCCCAAUGAACCGGUCGGGCUGAUUGGGGGCUCUAGCUACUUGAAUGGCACCAUGACGGGGGCCUAUCGUAUGCUCCAGGAUCGUCGGGCAAAUCUCACACUGGGCUGUGCCGCCUGCACCCCGGAACGGCAAAUCUACCUCACAUCCACGUGGCCGUACACCCAGAUGCCCUACGUGAUUGUGCUGAAGGUGCGCAGUAGCUACAGCAACUACGAGAUCAUGCUGUUCCCCUUCGAGCGAUACACUUGGCUGCUGCUCGGCGGUCUGGCCAUUGUGCAUCGGUGCCUGAGGCGCUGGGGGAGGAUGCCCGCUCCGGCUGUGGCCGGAUGGCUCCUCUUGGGCUUCGUUGUGCGCGUCAGCUACGAGGGAUCCGUCUUUAACUUUCUGCACAACUCACCUGCCAAGCCCAUGCCGCACACCUUUGAGCAGAUGGUGGCCGCCGGAUUUGUGUUCAUCACGGAUCAUGCCACCUACCGCAUGACGCUCAAGCUGCCGGCGUUCAAGGGGCUCGUAAAGGUCACUCCCGGCCAGCCGGUGGACGUGUUCGAUGCUCUUCUAAAGGAGCCUCCCCUCACAGGGGCAUUCACCAGUACCGCGUUUUUGGCCACCCAUCUCACUCAUCACAAGGAGCAUCGCCACCGAUUCAUCAUCCUCGCCGAGAAGAUCCUGGACAACAUGCUGUGCAUGUACUUUCCCCGCAACUCGUACUUCUCGGGCAAAAUCAAUCAUCUGCUUUUCAACAUGCGCAGCUUUGGUUUGUUCCAGCAUCACUCGCAGCGCCUUGCCUGGGCCAACAUGCCCCUCACAACGGAUGGAAAGGGUCCUUCUCGGAAGGUGCAUCAAUCGUCGGCCGUGGAUGUGAGGGCGGGAUUUGCCGAGUCCAUGGGUUUCAUUGUGGCCGCCUUGAAUUGUCUGUGCGGUGCCUUGGCUGUGGGCAUCUGUGUGUUUGCCUUGGAGCUGCUUAGCCGGAGGCCACACUGGCGAAGAUUGGCCUUGAUAAUGGAGAGGUUUUAA